AUGGAUUUUUCGAGUCUUAUUAAAAAUCGUAAGAAAGUAUUAAAACCGACAAAAACAAUUGUAACAAACACAUCAGGUGAAAAAUUUGAAAUUUCAAGUGGUAUUGUUCGUGAUUUAGGAAUCAAAGUUUCGCCAUUUAUUAUUGAUGAUAAACCAAAUCUCAACAUAGAUAUGAUAAUUCCUGGUUUAUUUCUCAGCUCGCAAGAUCCAGUUAUCGACCUAGAUCUCUUGAAUUCUCAUAAAAUAAAACAUGUUUUAAGUUUAGGAAUUGAUCCUGACAUUAAAUUUCACGGGAUAAACUAUUAUUACGUUAGUAUUCUUGACUUACCUGAAUUUGAUUUACUUGGAGUGUUAAAUAACUGUAUAGAAAUAAUUCAUAAAAAUAUAAAUGAAAAUAUUUUAGUACACUGUAAUGCUGGUCUAUCAAGAUCACCGACAAUUAUAAUUGGAUACUUAAUGGCCUUAAAAAAAAUAUCUUAUAGUCAGUCUUAUGAAAUUGUUAAAAACAAACGUUACAUUCGUCCAAAUGGUGGUUUUGUUAAUAAAUUAAUGAAUCUUCAACAUGAAGAUCUACCUCAGGUUGAUAAAAUUAAUUAAAAUUAUAAUCAUAAUACACUAGAAGCAGAAUUUAAGGGAACGAAAAAAAUUAUUGUGCGUUUAUAAUAAAUAACAAAAGGAAGAAAUAAAUAAAAGAGGGGAAAAUUUGGAAAUAAUUAUUCUUCAACAGUUCAUUUUAUAUGAUAUAACCUUAGGAUAUUUAUGUUUUAAUCAUAUUGUAUACUCAAUAUGUAGUUAAUAUUUUGCAAUUACAUCGUUUAUUACAUCCUAAAACGCAUAGAAAAGUUUUUAUAUUACUUUUUUGCAUGCAUAUUUUUUUUCUAGUGUGUCAUAAUUAAUUCAUCUUCUCAUGCAACUACAACUUUAAUAGUUAAUUGAAUUCAAGCAAUUGAAAAAUUUCUUCUUUCGCUUGUUCAUUCCGUAUGUUUGGCAAUGAUUAUAUUUCAUAAUAUCAUAUGUAAUGAUAAUAAUCUUCAUGUAAAGAGAUAGUAAUAGGUCGAUCGUAGGCUUAUUAAUUAAUUGUAGAUCUAAAAAAUAUAAAUGAAUUUUUCUAUAUUCCCGAAAA